AUGCCAUUCACAUACGGCACUGAUCAUCUCGAGCCGGCUUUUCACGACCGGCCAGUCCCCAACAUCACUUAUGGUCUACACUUUGACGAAGCAGCCGCCCACCAUGUUGAAAAGACAGUCAAGGCCAAACGUGUGUACAUCAUCGCAUCCAAUUCCUUGUCGAGGAAUACCUAUGCUCUCAAACGCCUCCAACGGGCCCUAGGCGAGAAAGUCGUCGGCACACGGAUUGGCAUGACUCCCCACACGCACUGGAACCAGGUUCUCGAAAUCACCCAAGACGCUGCGCCAAAGAACCCCGACUGCAUCAUCACAUUGGGUGCGGGCAGUCUUACAGAUGCGGCGAAAAUCAUCUGCUGGAUGCUUGCCAACGACAUCACCACGGCGGAAGGUAUGGAGAAGCUAGCCUCUGCAGGGAAGGACUUCAAGGACCCUGUCGUACAGCACGUUGCGAUCCCAACGAGCUUGUCUGGGGGCGAGUACCAAUCCAUUGCAGGGGCGACACGCGACGAUGGAACUCAUCGCAAACAACUAUUCACCCCACCUGAGAAGAACCCCUGCCUAGUAAUACUGGAUCCGGAGUUGACUAUCACGACGCCUGAGAGAAUUUGGCUGAGUACCGGCAUCAGAGCGGUCGAUCAUUGUGUUGAGACACUAUGUAGUCUUCUUUCCAACGCUAGGGGGGAUGCAGAAGCCGAGAAAGGACUGCUACGCCUGGUGCCGGCUUUGAUCCGAACACACAAGAACCCCGACGAUCUAGAUGCACGCUUCGAGACGAUGAGAGGUGUUAUCGAGGCCAUGAGCGCCGUCUCCUCUGGUGUACCAUUGGGUGCCAGCCACGCAAUCGGCCAUCAACUUGGGCCCAUGGGCGUUGGCCACGGCGAGACUAGUUGUAUCAUGCUGCCCGCUGUGUGCAAGUGGAAUGAAAAAGUAGGUGCCAACGUUGGAAAACAGGCUUACACGAAGAAAGUCUUACUCAAGUCGCCAAUUGUCAUGGAUCUGCUGGAGGCGAAAUACGGGAAACAUGUCGGCGCGCUCAACAAAGUUGACCUUGGCGAUACAUUGGACGUAAUAUUCAGAGAGAUAGGGAUGCCACGAACACUCAAGGAUGUUGGCAUUGGAAAAGACAAGUUGGAUGCCCUUGCAACGAAUAGCUUGACGGACCAUUGGAUCCAAACGAACGCAAAACCGAUUACGGAAAAGGGGCAAGUCAUGGAAAUCCUGCAAAUGGUGGUAGAGUAG